AUGGAUCAACCCAUACCGUCGAACAGUAGUUGUGUACCGCAAGUGCCUGUGUGUUCCAGCCAGUCGGAGAUGCUGAGCCCACUGUACAUGGAGGCGUACUGCCAAUCGCUCGAGCAGCCGGAAUCGUUCUGGGGUGAUCUGGCCGAACAGCUGAUCGAUUGGGAUGAACCGUGGGAGAAAGUGCUGGACGAUAGUGAUAGUCCUUUCACGAAGUGGUAUGUUGGAGGAAAGUUGAACGCUUGCUAUAACGCAAUUGACCGACAUGUGUUGGCGGACAAGGGCAGUAAGGUGGCGCUCAUCCACGAUAGUCCUACCACCAAUACGGUGCGCCAUGUAACGUACAACGAGCUGUAUGAUAAGGUGUCCCGUUUGGCCGGUGGACUGCGAAGACUCGGUGUACAGAAGGGAGAUCGUGUCGUCAUCUAUAUGCCGCUCAUCCCAGAAGCUAUCAUCGCCAUGCUGGCGACGGCCCGUCUUGGUGCCGUUCAUUCCGUUGUUUUUGGAGGUUUCGCGGCUAGUGAGUUAUGUACGCGGAUAGAGCAUGCCGAACCGAAGGUGAUCAUAGCGGCAAACUGUGGUGUGGAACCGCACAAGAUUAUCUACUAUCUGGACAUUCUGCACGAAGCGGUUGCGAUGUCACGCUGGAAGCCACUGAAGAACAUCAUCUACAGACGGUCGAACAUACUGAUGUCCGAUCUGGAUGAGACGUGGGAUGUGGCCUGGGAGAAUGCACUGGACACACCGGUCGACUGUGUGCCGGUGGAUGCGAACGAUCCACUCUACAUACUGUACACAUCCGGUACAACAGAUAAACCGAAAGGCAUUCAGCGACCUAUCGGCGGACAUCUGGUAACACUGAUGUACACAAUGAACACGAUUUACGGCAUCCAGCCGGAUGAUGUCUGGUGGAACGCUUCGGAUCUGGGUUGGGUCGUUGGUCAUUCGUACAUCUGCUACGGGCCGUUACUGUACGGUGCCACCAGCGUCAUGUACGAGGGUAAACCGGACCGAACACCGGAUCCUGGGCAGUACUUCCGCAUCAUCGAUCAGCAUAAGGUAUCGGCCAUCUUUUCCGUUCCUACUGCGUUCCGCGUCAUCAGGCGCGUUGAUCCGGAAGUGACGUACGGGCGUAAGUAUAGCCUUAAGUCGCUGCGCGCCAUCUUUAUCGCUGGGGAGCAUUGUGAUCUGGAAACGAUGAAAUGGAUGCGCAACAUCUUCAAGGUGCCGAUACUGAACCAGUGGUGGCAAACAGAGACCGGUUCGGCAAUAACGGCCACUUGUGUUGGGUUUGCACAAAACCUCCAGACGCCACCCUUCACGACGGGUCUUCCGUACUGUGGGUACGACAUCUAUGUGCUCGACAAGAACGGACACGAAGCGAAGCCGAACGAACUGGGCCGUAUCGUGGUAAAGCUGCCACUACCACCGGGCAACAUGGCGACACUCUACCGCAGCGAUGAGCUCUUCCGCAAGACGUACUUCCAGAGGUUUCCGGGCUACUACGACACCAUGGAUGCGGGAUACAAGGACGAGAAUGGGUACAUUUACGUGACGGCCCGCGAUGACGAUGUGAUCAAUGUGGCGGGUCAUCGUAUCUCCACGUCCAGCCUGGAGGACGCGAUACUGCGACACCCGGAUGUGGCGGAUGCGGCCGUGUUUGGUGUGCCCGAACCGACCAAGGGUCAGAUACCGCUCUGUCUGUACGUGACGAAGGCGAACGUCUCGAAACCGGCUGCCAAGAUGUCGGUCGAGCUGAUCAACAUCAUACGGGAGGUGAUCGGACCGAUCGCCGCCUUCAAACUAGCCGCCCAAGUACAAAGCUUACCGCGCACCAGAUCGGGUAAAACGUUGCGUAAAGCGAUGGCUGAUCUGGCCGCAAACAAACACAUCUCCAUACCGGCAACGGUCGAGGAUCCGACGGUGUUUGUCGACAUUAUGCGUGCGCUGCGCGAGCUGGGCUACGCCAUGGCCGCUCCCGAUCCGGAACUACGACCCACCGUAAGAUGAGACUGUAGAGGAGGCG